UAAUUCUCAACUUGUAUUUGCAAGGCGAUAAGGAGAAGCAAAAGGCAUUUAAAGUUGUCUCCAAGCUUUAUGGGGUUGAUUCCAUCUCCAUGGACAUGAAGGAAAAGAAGCUCACCGUUGUCGGGGACGUCGACCCGGUGUGCAUCGCCUGCAAGGUGAGGAAGUUUUGGCGCGCCGACAUUUCCCAUGUUGGGCUGGCCAAGGAGGAGGACAAGAAGAAAAACGAGCCCCCGAAAGGCGGCGACAAGAAGGUUCCGAACGACCCCGUGUUUACUCCGUACAUUCCUUAUGUACAAGUUACCGAGGACUACCCUCAAUGCUGUGUGAUCUGCUGAGGCGAAAGCGUACGAAGCAAUGCAAAAUGGGUCCUUCAACUUCGUCGUAUAUUUCAAUCGGGGCAUCAUCCUCCUCUGCGUUUGCUCAUUUCAAAACCAAUGGCUCUGUUAGGAAUCCCAAAUUUAACUAAAACAUUGUAAAAUGGCACAUAGUCGUUACUCGUUAGCUGAUGCAGCUACGGUUUUAUAUCCAAGGAUCUGCAGGUAGUGAACUGUAAAUACAA